AUGGGGGUUCCUAAAAAUCAUUACGAUGCAUUUUUCCAUACAAAAUGGUCAAAAUUAGAUACUUGUAAACUUAGAAUGGAGAUGAUGACUAUAAGGCUCCAGGUUUUAAAGACCUUAGCGGGUUCAAUCACUAGAGUCAUAAAGGUAAAAUUCAAUAAUGGUACAAGAAAUUGGGAGAAACAAGAGGAAAACCAGGAAAAAAAGCAAGAUCCAAAGUUCGGGGAUCAAAAUGUCCCCGAGGCGCCACCAAAACAGAGCCGCGCCCUGCGUCACCCCUACAUGGCGUUGAGACGUCGCCUGGGGCUUCCUUAUGGUAAUUUUCAGCUGUUUAUGCGAAGGGCGAGAAAUCUAGAUCUACUACCUGUUGAUCCUGAACCAGAACGCACAUUUUGCAUUCUCAGAGGCAUACAAAAAAAGGAACGGAAAGCAAUGGCAGAACAGGAUGCUAGAGCAGCCAAUGAGGAUAACCAACAAAGGGCUAUUCAGGACUACAUAAGGCCGGCUGUCAAUGACAACUAUUCUGGCAUCGCACACCCAGCAAUUGCUACAAACAAUUUCGAACUGAAGCCAGGACUUAUACACAUGGUGCAACAGAAUCAGUUUGGGGGAGCUCCAACAGAAUACCUAAAUGCUCAUUUGGGGUCCUUUCUGGAGAUCUAUGAUACAGUGAAAAUGAAUGGCGUUACCGAAGAUGCAAUCCGACUCCGCCUAUUUUCCUUUUCCCUAAGAGACAAAGCCAAGGCAUGGUUCCAAUCAUUGCCGUAUGGAUCCAUCACAACUUGGGAGGGGUUAGCGCAGAAGUUUCUUACAAAAUUCUUUCCACCUUCGAAGGCAGCGCAAUUACGGAGUGAAAUUGGACAUUUUCGACAAUUAGACUUUGAACCAUUCUAUGAGGCAAGGGAGAGAUAUAAAAAUCUAUUUACAAGAUGUCCUCAGCAUGGUUACCCGGAUUGGUUGCAGAUACAAACCUUCUACAACGGUUUGAAUGGUCAGACACGGAUAGUGGUAGAUUCUGCAGCAGGGGGUGGACUAUUAUCCAAAACUCCAAAUAAGGCCUAUGCACUAUUGGAUGAGAUAGCUACUAAUAGCUAUCAAUGGCUGAGUGAGCGUCCAAGUGCAAAGAAAGUUGCUGGCCUUUAUGAAGUAGAUCCUAUAAUCGCCCUUGUAGCUCAAAUGUCAUCUCUCACUAAUCAAAUAGCUGCAUUGACUUUAGAUGGAUCACAAAAGAAAUCAGAAUCUAUUAUGGCUACAUCCACUGCAUACCAAAAAGUUGAAAGGGAGAAAGAACAACUUCAGUAUGUGAACGAUCGAAAUUUCAAUCAAAAGGGAAACUACUCAGGAAACAACUACUAUCAAGGGUUCAAUAAUCAAGCGUUUGAGCGAAUACCAUCACUGGAAGAUAUUUUAGGAACCUUCAUUUUGGAGACCAGAUCGAGGUUCAACAAAGAUGAGGCAAGACUUGACAGCAUUGAGACAUAUACGAGCAACUUGGGGGCUACAGUGAAGAAUUUGGAGGGAAAAGAUCCCAUUCUUGCAAGGGAAAAGCAGAUUGGAGGGCAGAAAACUGAGGCAGAGGCAACAAAGAAGAUUUAUAAGCCUUACUCAAUUUCAUUUCUGGACAACCCACCUAUCUUGAAGCCCCCACUACCAUUCCUGCAGAGGUAUUUGAAGAAGGAGUUUGAUGAAAAAUUCGCAAAGUUUCUGGAGGUCUUUAAGAAAAUCCACAUCAACAUUCCCUUUGUAGAAACUUUGGCCCAAAUGCCUAACUAUGCCAAGUUCUUAGAGGAAGUGAUGUCAAAGAAGAGAAAGUUGGAGGAAUUUGAGACUGUUAAACUGACAGAGGAUGUUCAAAAAACUGGGUCUGGAAAAGUGAAUCCCACAACCCUUACCUUGCAACUGGCGGACAGAUCGAUCACAUAUCCCAAAGGCAUUAUUGAAGAUGUGUUGGUGAAGGUUGAUAAGUUCAUCUUUCCGGUAGACUUUGUGGUAUUGGACAUGGAAGAGGAUGAGAAAAUACCAUUGAUUCUUGGCCGACAUUUCCUGGCUACUGGAAAAGCAUUGAUUGAUGUGCAAGAAGGAAAGUUGAAACUAUGA